GCGUGCCAGUGACCACUUGCUACCUGCCAACAAAACCAUCAAGGUCGAAGAGUACGACCAGCUCCAGGGACGGACAUUGUGACAGCUUUAGUAACUUGUUGCUGCUGCUGCUUAUUGGUAACCGAUCUACCGUAUCAUUCAUCUAUCUUGGUAUUUGGUCGAAAAGACUCGCUCAAGAGAUUACUAAUAGAGAGAGAGAGAGAUCAGGUCGAUCAGUAGUGCACUCUAUGCUACCCACAAGCAUCGGUUAAUCAAUUAUUAUUAACUCUCAAGAGCCAAACAGCAGCAGUAGAUGCCCGUGUUGAACCAUCUGCUUUGUUGUUGCCUGACUGACCGACCUACCGACCGAGCCAAACCAACCACACACGACGAGACGAGACGCUGCUAGCUAGCGACCUUAUCUUCACGCACCAUACACCACAAUCACAAUGCCGGCCACUCCGCCUCCACCCACUGCCAGGCCUGCCAAGGGUAUCCUGAAGAACAGUAGUUCCACAAAGAAAGGAAUGUCCAUCACAUUUAGUGGGAAAAAGCACAUUAAGAAGAUCCCUCAUCUCAACACGAUGACCGAGGAGGAUAUCGAACAGAUCUGGUACUCACACUACGAUUAUGACGACAUAAAGGCAUCCUUCGAGUACACGGUUUUCAUGAUGGAUGCGGGGGAGGCCAAGACGGUCGAAAACGAUGAACACACAACACGUGGACUCGAAAUGAGGACCGAAGAAGGAGCAUGGGCUCGCUUCGAGCACAAAAGGGACGCAUAUAAUGCUGUCCUAGAUGAACAGGAUCGUCAAUGGAAUGACGGAGAAGACGACCCAGAACAAAUAGCUGCCCAAUGCUUAGAAGUUACAGAGUCAGCAGCGAAAGGGGCACUGGAACGAGGGCUGGCGGAUCAAGAUGCCUCCGAAAAACUCAACAAGGGAUUGCGGGAGAAUUUGAAGAAUGGCGCCGCCUUCGCAAAUGCUUCUGGUGCCGCCGAUGACGUUGUACCCAUGACCGAACCAUCAAGACGGACCCCUAGUGGAAAGCUUAAGACUAAUAUCCUGAACAAAUUUGGCGGAUGAGGGAGGGUCGUCCCAAGGAAUACACUGAUGAGGGGAACGGAAUGUCAUGCCAUGCCAUGCAGGAACAUGGCAUGGAGUGCAAUGGGUUGCUCUUGGAGGAAAGGAAAGGGCACGGUUUCAGGACGGAGGAGAUGAUCCUUUAUCUUUUUGGCACACUUUUAUUGGAGGUUCCCCGUGCCUGCGCAAAAGGUCAUCUGCUACCCCUGGACCAUGUCUAAUCCCAACCGGCCAAGCCACGCUACCAUCAUCGUUCUGCUGUACUCACACAAGUAAUAUCAUCCUCAUCGUUGUUGCGACUACUAACCUACCUAUCUACCAAACCUAACCUAAUAUUCCUUCUACCUCUCGUCGUUGUCGUGCUGCAUGGGCUG